AUGACACAUGAAGCUAAGUGUUUCAAGGAUUACCAAGAUUUAGGAAAAUGUUAUUCCUAUUUUAAUAGUAUCUUUAAUGAUAUUCGCUUUGAUUUUUACCAUUAUAAGGGUGAAUUCAAAUCAAAAAUUGAUAAUAUUGAGGAUCCUAUUUUAAGACAUAUUGCAUUAUAUCUGGUAGAGAAUUAUUGUUCAUCUAAAAAAUAUUUUAGUACAGAUGGAACAUGGAAAAAUAAUGAUGCAUGUGAUUCGCUAAACAUAUGGCUCGAUUAUAAAAAGAAUUAUUUCACCCAUGCAAGGCUUUGUAAAGGAAAUGUUCAAUUAUGGAAUAAAACUAUUGAACCGAUAUGGGAAGAAUUGGAAAAAAAAGCACAAGAAGAAAAUAAUGGAAGUCCAAAAAAAUGGUGUGCAAGGAAUAAUCAUUUCAGAGGACAUCUCGAACUACCAGAAAAGCUAAAAUCUCCUAGAUGUUAUAAGCAUAUUCCUAAUGAAUAUGAAUGUUUUUUACCAUUUCCUCCAAAUAUGUGUAAUUUAAAAAAUUCAUGUACAAAUGAAAAAUUAAAAAAAUUUUAUGAAAAAUGUAAACAAAAUAACAAUGGAAAAGAUUUUACUGAUUUCUCUUACUUGUUUUCGAAGGUUAUUGAUCAUGGGGUUUCUCCCUU